AAGGAGAAGCUCACUGAAUAUCAAGCAACUGUAGAAGCAAAGAGCAAGGGAGUCAACAAGAAGCAGAAAGAAAUGGCUUCCUCUAUGAUCUCAUCCGCCACUGUCGCCACCGUGAGCAGGGCCAGCCCAGCUCAGGCCACCAUGGUCGCUCCAUUCACCGGUCUCAAGUCUGCCGCAGCUUUCCCCGUCACAAGGAAGGCUAACAAUGACAUUACUUCCAUUGCAAGCAAUGGCGGUAGAGUGCAAUGCAUGCAGGUGUGGCCACCACUUGGAUUGAAGAAGUUCGAGACUCUUUCUUACCUUCCACCUCUAACCCCGGAGCAAUUGGGAAAAGAAGUAGAUUACCUUCUCCGCAAGGGAUGGGUUCCUUGCUUGGAAUUCGAAGUCGGGAACGCUUUCGUCCACCGUGAGUUCCACGCAUCACCCGGAUACUAUGACGGUCGUUACUGGACAAUGUGGAAGCUGCCCAUGUUUGGAUGCACUGACUCAUCUCAGGUGUUGAAGGAGUUGGAGGAGGCCAUUAAAGCUUACCCUGCAGCUCACAUCCGUAUUAUCGGAUUCGACAACAACCGUCAAGUGCAGUGCAUCAGUUUCAUUGCCUACAAGCCCCCAAGCUAAGCUCAUGGUCAUUUCUGAACAAAAUGUACCUUAACUAUUAGGGUCAUUCUUUGUUCUAGUUGUACUUAUUUUUUUAAACCAAAAUAUGUUAUUUUCUGUUUUUUGAAUGUUUCCAUUUGGCUUGUGUUUAUUGUAUUCUCGGAUGUUGAAUGAACUGGUUGAGAAUUAUUUGUUGAAUAAAGCCUUGUUUCUUCUCAA